AUGGUCCAAAGAACCUUUACGCUCAUCCCGAAAUUCCCGGGUCGCGAUGAAACUACCGACAAACCGCCACCGCGGCCCAUGACGUCGAAACAAGUUCGGAAUGCAUACAAAGCCGCAAACAAGGGACCGAAGCUCACUCGAGCUGAGCAAUGGAAACAAGAGAAAGUUGAACAGGAGAGGAUAAGAAAGGAAUUCGAACGUGAAAAGGCGGCAGCCAAGGCUAAAGUCGUACGGGACAAGAAGAAGGAGAAGGAAUUGGCCGAGAAGGAAGAAAAGCGGAAGAAGAGAAUGCCACUUGUCAAUGUUCGACCGAGCCAAGAGACUAUUUCGUGGUUUGUGAGAGGUAAUGGGUCUACCAAAAAGAGGGAUAUUCAGGGAAAGGAAGUCGAGAAGAUUAAUGCGACGACGAAAGAGACCAAUGAUAACAUGGAAGAAACUACGAGCGCAAACGAUGAUGAAACGGAACAACCUGCUAUGAAGACACGGAAGUUGGAUGAUAUACUGGAAGACUAUGAGGAGGUGUCCGAUACUGGAGAUACCAGGAUGAGAACAAAAACCCAAGAACUACCACCGAGUCCCUCCUCAGAACAACAAAGAAUCGAAGAGCCUUUAAAAGAAACAAAGGAAGACGACGCCACCGAACCUGUAGAGGAGGCGCCACUACAAGCUGAGACUCAAAUGCCAGUACCGAGGUUACUAAUACCAGAAAUCGAGCUUGAAGGCAUGGAAGACGAGUUGGACGAGGAUUUUGAGGAGGACCUGGCACUUGGUAUGCUGGAAGACAUCGAAGCAGCCAUGGACAAGCCAGCCCCUAAUACAAGCCAUGCUAUCGAUGCUAUCCCAAGAUGCUCUAUCAAAACAAACUCGGCAGUAACGCAGCCGCCAGUUGAUACCAUCAAAAAGCCAGCAUCCGAUCGCUACGCCAAGGAUCUGGGCUUACACCGUCCGUCUUCCCCAACUUUCAUCAAACCGCCUCUUCCCCAGCGUUCACCACGAAACUUGGAAGCACGGUCUUCAUCACCACCAAGACAAGAACCGCCAAUGAGUACUCAAGCCAUCCUGUACAAUUUGGACGACUUCUUCCCCUCUUCCUCUCAACAAGCACGCGAACUCGAGGAAGACCUGGACGACGACGAUAGCUCGAUGCCAUCGGCGCCCUUAUAUCUUGCGCCGAUAGCAGAAGAGGAAGAAGAGUUUGAGUUUGAGGAACUUGAAAAAUCUCCAGAACAACUUCGCUUACCGGUACUCAACCCGGCCCCUGAAUCACCACCUCCGCCACCUAGGCGCUUCUUCACAUCCUCUGGAUCUCAUGAAAGAAUGUGUCUUGCUCUCCAGCGAAGUCGCCGUACAGCAGCAUUGGAACAGAUUCAACAGCGUGAAAGAACGCGAAUACGGGCUGGUAUAGUUCAGCGUGCUCAAACCGAGAAUCGCCAAGUCGUCAAAACCGACCAAUCUGCCAAAAAGCCACAAGUUUUUGCCAAGCCCUCACCACAACAUAUUCAACACAAUCAGCCUCGACAACCCCCCCCAAAAACACCAGCACCGCCUGUACUUCAACAGAAACCUCACAUCAACAAACCCUCUCCACCAAAGCGUACGGAAACGCCAAAGCAACACUACCAACAGCUCCAUAGAACAUCACUCGCACCACAUAACAACAACGUGAACACUCCCAAGCGAGUUGAACCACCGAAACAAACGCCCCCUGCACGGCAGCCAUCACAAGAAACCAAGGAGAACCAGAGGCCGUCACAAGAGCCUUUUGCGCUUAGUGCUUCGCAAGAGUCAUACGGCGGAGAUUGGGUAGACGACAUUGCGCUAGAACUCAUGAUUUAA